AUGCUAUCGCAACUUUUCGUUCUGUUGUACUUGUGUCUAUCAUGGCCCAUAGCCGUGUCUGCCGUCAGUACAGCUAAACUUGCUGAACUGCGGAACGCCACCACACAGGUCUUCCAUCAUGGCUGGGACAACUACAUGCGCGUUGCGUUUCCAGAGGACGAGUUACGCCCGAUUUCCUGCACUCCGUUAACGCGCGAUCCCCUGAACCCCGGAAACUACGAUCUCAACGAUGUUCUUGGGAACUACUCCCUUACCCUUAUCGACAGUCUAUCGACCUUAGCGAUCCUUGCAGGAACACCAUCCGACCAGAGCACUGCUAUAUGGGCGUUGCAGGAAUUUCAGCAAAGUGUGGCAACAUUCGUAGAGUAUUACGGUGAUGGCAGACAUGGCCCCUCUGGAGAAGGACUAAGGGCUCGAGGCUUCGAUCUUGACAGUAAGGUUCAAGUGUUUGAGACCGUCAUCCGGGGAGUAGGUGGCUUACUCAGUGCACAUUUGUUUGCCACUGGGGAGUUGCCUAUACCAGGUUACAGCCCAGGACAUAUCGACCACGAUGCCGAAGACGCGGACCCGCUGGAGCUGCCACCGAUAGCAUGGCCAAACGGGUUCAAGUACGACGGCCAACUACUCAGACUAGCAUUAGAUCUGGCAGAGCGGCUUCUGCCUGCCUUCUACACAAAAACAGGGCUGCCUUAUCCAAGAGUCAAUCUGCGACAUGGCAUUCCCUUCUACGUCAACUCACCUCUACACAAGGUCUCGCGCGAUGACCCCGAUUCUCCACGAGCUUCAAAUGAAAAGACAGACACCUGCAGUGCCGGCGCAGGAAGCCUUGUUUUGGAGUUUACUGUUUUGAGCCGUCUCACUGACGACCCAAGAUUCGAACAAUUAGCUAAAAGAGCUUUUUGGGCAGUUUGGAAAGGGAAAAGCGAGAUUGGCCUCGUUGGGAAUGCCAUUGACCCUGAAAAGGGCGAAUGGGUUAGCUUCGACUCCGGUAUUGGGGCUGGUAUCGACAGCUUCUUCGAAUAUGCCCUGAAGAGCCAUAUCCUGCUCUCUGGUCAUGAUCUGCCCAACAUCACAACACGAAAACCGCCGCUGGAUCGACAGUGGCUGGACCCAAACACCAUCCACGACAUACCUCUGACACCCGAGGAAAACUCCGCAGGGGCAUUUCUGGAGGCCUGGCAUCACGCUCAUGCGGCGAUAAAGCGCCACUUGUACAAUGAUGCCCAUCAUCCAUACUACAUGACUGGGCAUAGAACCCGUGGAUACGCUUUCACGAGUUGGAUCGACAGCCUGGCAGCAUUUUAUCCUGGUCUUCUUGCAAUGGCUGGUGAAGUGAAGGAGGCUGAGGAGGCCAACCUGCUAUAUACCGCGCUUUGGACGCGUUACGGAGCUCUCCCAGAGCGGUGGUCGGUUCGCGAGAGACAGGUUGAUUCCGGCAUUGGAUGGUGGCCUGGUCGACCCGAAUUUAUUGAGUCGAACUAUUACUUGUAUCGUGCCACCAAUGACCCUUGGUAUGUACAUGUUGGAGAGAUGGUUCUUAACGACAUCAAGCGACUGUGCUAUACAAGAUGCGGUUGGUCAGGCCUUCAAAAUGUCGAUACCGGCGAGAAGGCCGAUCGCAUGCAGAGCUUCUUCCUGGGUGAGACCACCAAAUACCUCUACCUGCUCUUUGACCCGGAUCACCCCCUGAACAAGUUGGAUGCGGCUUAUGUUUUCACAACUGAAGCACACCCACUUAUCAUUCCUCGACGAAGACGAAGGAUGAAAAAGAAUCAGCAGCCUCCCCCAAAAGUCAAGGAGAUUGACGUCUACUACGACGAAAACUUUACAAACAUCUGCCCAGCUCCUGUGAAGCAGGUGCCACUGACCGGUUCGGUUCUUGCUGCCCGAACAGAUGUUUUCCAUGCCGCAAGUUUCGUCAACCUCCACACCAUCUCUAAUCCGCACAGCGGCGUGGAAACUGUUCCCGCAGCCAAAGGGAGCAACGGUUCUGUGUCGCGGUACAAGGCAAACCACACAUUCUUCCCUUGGACGCUUCCCCAGUCGCUGAUACCUGAGAAUGGCACUUGUGCGGCGUUGCCUUUCAAGCCCACACUGAUCAUUGAGUUCCCAUCUAGCGUUCAGCAAGGUAGUGUGGGCAGUGCAUUCAAUAAUCUUUUCGCCAACACUGCCGCCUUCAAAACCCAAGUAGGCGUCAGGAUAGCCGCUUUGAAUGGGUUGAAAAUUCACUUCGUCCGGGAGGAUUCAUAUGACAGCGCCUAUGACCAUACUUGGCGGGUAACGCAGGUCAAUCAUAUGCCGCUCGGACGUGACGAGCCGGUUCACAUCGAUGCUGAUCUGUUGAACGGAAUCUCUGACCCUUUGUUCAACCGCGUACGAUAUAACGGCUUCGUCGAGCUGAUUAUGGUGCACGGGGAGUCGAGUAUACGCAAUGCCAGCGAGCCAGUGCCGGCCGAAGGGUUGGAGAUCGGUAUCGAUGAUUUCGAGAACCAAGUACAACUGACCGAAGAGGCCAAAUCCGAAUUGCAGGAGGACCAAGCUUCGUCUAAGAGCAUGAACACGGCUUACAGGUCCAUGCUCAAGUCGAUGAUUCGCGCCGUUACAUCGGUUUUCGAUCCUACCUAUACUCCAGCGCCUCGUCCCAAGGCUAACGAAAUGAAGUUCUACGUCGAGAGCUACAUGGGGUCUCUGUCGGUGGGCAAAGGCGCUGUCCCACUUCCUGACACACCAGAUGCCUCUAUACCCACGGAAGAUGAACCGCCGAAUCUUGCUUGGCGGACCGUCUACCUCGCUGGCUAUGGGUGUGACAGCCGAUUGCCUGACGAGGCCCCCCGCCAGCAUCAGGUUAUCGUAAUGCGCCGAGGCGGCUGUUCUUUUAGUGAGAAGCUAGCCAAUAUUCCCUCGUACACACCCUCUCCACGUGCGUUGCAACUCGUCAUCAUUAUCGACGAGACGGAGCUCGAUAACAAUUAUGUCUACAGUGCCCCGGACUUGUGGGAAUAUGAGCUUGUCAAGCCCCAUCUGGAUGUUGAACAGACAACACCGGCAGGUAUGCGACGGCCACACCCCAUUGCCAUGGUAAUGAUCCGUGGAGGUGGAACGGAUGCAUAUGAGAAGUUCGGAAAUGCUCUUGGCGUAGGUGUACGGAGGAAGUACCUCAUCGAGACACAAGGGCGAAGAGUUGAUAACAUCAUUGUCCUGUAA